AUGAAAGAUGUGGAGUUCACACAGGGCUUGGAACACUUCGCACUUCGUCUGCACGAGCAUUUGUGCCGGGCAAAUCCUGGCCUGAAUAUCAUCUACUCCCCGUUGUCCAUCCAGACCUCUGCGGCCAUGCUGCGAAUGGGAACUUCGGAGGAAUCGGCUACAGCCAAGAAGAUGGACGAGGGGCUAGGAUUCGGUGGGCGAAAAGUUCACGAAGUAGCUGAAGCCUUUGGUGUCCUUCUCAAGUCCUUUAAACAGUGCCAGGUCCUUAAAAUGGUAAACGGCCUUUAUGUUAUGAAGGGUCUUCAAGUUGACGAGCAGUUUGGCCGCCUUCUAGAGCAGAAAUUUCGCUCAAAACCAAUAGAGAUUGACUUUAGCAGCGAGCAGGCUGCCAGCAUAAUCAACCACUGGGUAGAGUCUCAGACCAACAACCUAAUCAAGGACAUUAUCGGUCCAAAUGUUCUAUCCAAGGACGCGCGGCUAUGUCUAGUAAACGCUAUUCACUUCAAAGGAAAAUGGGCAGUCAGAUUUAAUGAAAAAGACACCCGAGAAGAGGAAUUCUUUGGAUCGGGAAAGCCUACUAGAGUGAGAAUGAUGCACGUGUGCGAGAAUUUUCUUUUUGCCGUGCUUCCCAAGCUGGAAGCCACUGCCCUCAGAAUGAAUUAUAGUGCCUGUAAUAUGGCUAUGAUCGUUAUACUUCCGGAUGAGAAGUCGAGUCUCACGCGCCUGGAAAACCAACUUACUGACAUUUCUGUAGAGGCAUUGUCAUCGGCGAUGAAUCUGGAGAAAGUUGAUGUGAAGAUUCCAAGUUUUACAGCCGAGUUUCAACAGGAACUAUCCCAGGUCUUUAUUCUGAUGGGCAUGAAGCGUAUGUUUAGUGGUCAGGCCGAACUCGGCGGAAUGCUGAAGUCCCAGGAAAGCCUCUGUGUCUCCAAGAUCGUCCACAAAGCAUUUAUCGAGGUUAACGAAGUUGGCACUAAAGCUGCAGCCGCGACGGCUAUGGCUGCCACAUUUAGAAGCAUGCCUGCACCCCAGCGUCCUCCAAAGGCAUUUCACGCUAAUAGACCUUUCUUCUAUGCUAUCAGUGACAACACCCAUGGUCUUCUAUUUGCCGGUCAUUUUGUCACUGCAGAUUGAGAACUCCUAACAUGUAAAGCAUGUACGUAAAGAAACGGAUGCACACUCCUAAAAUAUCUUUAUAUGUAAGAAAUUUCUUUAAUAAAAUUCAAU